CUCGGAGUCCCAGAGGGCACACGACGCCAUCACACCCAGCGAAGCAAGAAUCUCCUUGGGGGAAAGGAACAAUGGCGUCGUGGACACCAUCGCCCGUCGCCGCCGCCGCCCAGGCCCAGCUCGGCUUCCCGGCCGCCCGCCCGGCGCAGGCGCGGCCGGCCGUCCUCCCGCCGCCUCUCGCCCGCAGAUUCCCCGCCGGCUCCUCCCUCCUCGCCGUCAACGCCCCCGCCGCCUCCCCCUCGUGGAGGCGCCAUGCCCUCGCCACCGAGGUCGAGGGCCUCAACAUCGCCGACGACGUCACCCAGCUCAUCGGCAAGACGCCCAUGGUGUAUCUCAACAGGAUCGUCAAGGGCUGCGUCGCCAACGUCGCCGCCAAGCUCGAGAUUAUGGAGCCCUGUUGCAGUGUCAAGGACAGGAUAGGUAUCAGUAUGAUUUCCGACGCUGAAGAGAAGGGCUUGAUAACACCCGGAAAGAGUGUUUUGGUUGAAGCAACAAGUGGAAACACAGGCAUUGGUCUUGCUUUCAUUGCUGCUUCCAGGGGAUAUAAGUUGAUACUGACAAUGCCCACAUCAAUGAGCAUGGAGAGGAGAGUUCUGCUCAAGGCUUUUGGCGCUGAACUUGUGCUUACAGAUGCUGCAAAAGGGAUGAAAGGGGCCCUAGAUAAGGCUACAGAGAUCUUAAAUAAGACACCCAAUUCAUACAUGCUUGAGCAGUUUGACAACCCUGCCAACCCAAAGGUACACUAUGAGACUACUGGGCCUGAAAUCUGGGAGGAUUCAAAAGGAAAGGUUGAUAUAUUCAUUGGUGGAAUUGGAACGGGCGGAACAAUAUCUGGUACUGGUCGUUUCCUGAAGGAGAAAAAUCCCGACGUCAAGGUUAUUGGUGUUGAACCUACUGAAAGCAACAUACUCUCUGGUGGUAAACCUGGCCCACAUAAGAUUCAAGGCAUUGGAGCAGGAUUUGUUCCUAGGAAUUUGGACAGUGAUGUUCUCAAUGAAGUAAUUGAGAUAUCAAGCGAUGAGGCUGUUGAGACAGCAAAGCAGUUGGCUCUUCAGGAAGGAUUGCUGGUCGGGAUCUCGUCUGGGGCAGCCGCGGCCGCUGCCAUAAAGGUCGCCCAGAGACCCGAGAACGCCGGGAAGCUGAUAGUGGUGGUGUUCCCGAGCUUCGGCGAGAGGUACCUGUCGUCGGUGCUGUUCCAGUCCAUCAGGGAAGAGUGCGAGAAGAUGGAGGCCGAAGCGUGAAGGGCCAUUUCCGCGCCCGGCAAAGAAGCCUUUUUUUCUGCUGCAUCUUCCUCUCCGUCGAACCGAAUAAGAAUAAGGCGGGCAUGGAAACGAACGAACGCUCGACCUUACGCCCGUUCUUCUUCGGAGCCCGCUCGCAUUUUGCUGGUGUCGAUUGAUAUACGAUGAUGAUAUUCCUGGUGUCGAUUGAUAUACGAUGAUGAUACGCAUGGUUGUAAGGAAGCAGUUAUACCUCUCUUUUUUUUUUUGUAUGAGCAACGCUCACCCACUCACUCGCUCGCUCGCCCAAAGCAAAAUUCAGGCCGGUUAUAUACAUUGAAAUUUGAAAUGUUUGAUGUUUUUUUUUUC